CUGAUCUGUUUUAUUCCUGUAGAUAUAUACUUAUCAAUAUAGAGAUGAAAUCGUAUGCCUUGACAAAAGUCAAUUAUUAUUCUGAACCACCAUAUUAAAAUCUGUUUACAUAAAGUUGAACAAAAUUCAUCACAUCUGAAUGAUCGCAAUAAAUAAAUUCAUUUGAUAAACAUGAACAAAAUCUUAAACAGUGAAAACAGAUAACGGUGGAAUUAUAACCAAGUAAAAAUCAGUAUGUCGAAUUAAUGAAUUCAUUAUCUUACUUAUUGGAUCUAAACAUUUCAUUCGGUACGAGCACAAAAGUAUAAAUGAGAUUAAGUUGGCACAGAUAAUCAAUGACAUCAAAAAACUUAUUUUCAUCAGAAGUAAAAUUAUUUUUCAAUUUGAAAAAAACAUUUCAACCAAUUAUAAAUGUGUUCUCUUCUAUUCAAUCAAAACAUCAGACUUGUUCAAAUAAUUCAUGGAUGAAAUUUACAAAAUAUUCAGAUGUUAUUGGUCAUAUACACUUCAGUCUUGAAUAUAUUUACACUUUAAAAAAAUUGAAUGUUAUAAUCAGUCAUUUGACUGGUGUCAGUAAUCUUGGAAAAAUUAAUAAGUUAUUUCCAAGUCAAAUCCAAACAAUAUUCAUUAUUGUUUUACAAUUAAGGCAAAGAAUAGACUUUUCAUUGAAUAAAAAAGAAUUUAAUAUAGAAAAUGAUGAUUUGCAUAGAAGUUAUUUUACAACACCAGUUCAGACAUUUGCAAAUCCAUGUUUUGACCAAUUAUUUGUUUUUGAUAUUCCCUUUAAUGAAUUAAAACACAGUGAAUUAGUAUUUUCAGUAUUAUAUUCAGCAUCAAAUGAUCAAAACAUUGUAUACAGUGACAUUGAAGAACCAUAUGAUAUUAGUAAAACAUUCAAUCUAUUAUCUUCUCUUUGCUGUCAUCAGUCUAGUCAAAAAUCAUCACAAUCAGGAAAAAUUGCAGAUGGGAUGCUAUGUAUUGGUGAAGCAAUUUAUAGGAUAGAUCAUGAAAAAUUAAUUAAUUACCCAAAAGAGUUAAUACAUAUAUGGCAAGAAUUUUAUCCACCAUUAAAUUCCUCUGAUAAAUCUAUCAUUGAAAAGAAACCAAAUUCGCUAAGAAACAAUGGAAAAUUUAACAGAGAAGCUAGUAAAGAGGAUUAUAGUUUAAUGUCAGAAAUUUCGUUUUAUCAAUUACCAAAAACAUCGAUGGUUGAAUUGUCAAUAAUUUAUGCAAAACGGUCAUCUCAUCUUGAAUUGUAUGUUAGAAAGAUAACAAAUUUAAGAGUCUAUAUGAAUGAAACAGAACUUAUUUUUCGUGCCACUUAUUGUUUGAACAAUAUAAAUUCGCAAUCUGUAACAAGUCAACCAAUCAAAAUCACCGAAUUGGGAAGUUAUAAAAUUAAAAAAAUCAAUAAAAUAGAAAAUGGUUAUAUUUUAGAUCAUAUCAAAAUACCAUCUGAUGAAUAUUUAACAUUGAAUAUAGAAAUAAAUGAGCUGAUAAAUUAUAGUCAAAAUAUUCAAAUCGUGUUCGAAAUAUUCAUUCAAACAAAUUUUUCGGGUCAAAUACUUUGUUUAACAAGAAUUGUAUUAAGUUCAGCCAAAGUGAAUAAUAAUUAUGAUAAAAAUCACGAAUCAACUUCAUUACAAUAUUCUGAUUUAAUUAGAGAAUUACACAGACUAAAAGAAAAUAAUUCAUUUAGUUCAACACAAAAAAUAACAUACUGGCAUCAGAUGAACAGAACAUAGAAAACUAA